AUGGCUUUCAUGCGUAAGGAGAAACCAAAAGGGAGUGGUAUUUGGGAGACCACCACGGGACAAUACUUCCGGGCAUACCUACCCUGGGAGUCAAUAGUACCGAACAGUCCGAAAGGUGGCGCCACUGUCAUAGCGGUGUUCGCGUUCUUCUCGUACGUCAUAGUCCUCAAUACAGUGGUCCCCAUAUCGCUGUACGUGUCGGUCGAGAUGAUCCGCUUUUGUCACUCAUUGUGGAUCAAUUGGGACGACCAGAUGUAUGACCCGAUCACAGACGUGGCGGCAAAGGCCAGGACCACGACGUUGAACGAAGAGUUGGGACAAAUUCAGUACAUAUUCAGCGAUAAGACGGGAACUUUAACCCAGAAUAUCAUGACGUUCGACAAGUGCUCAAUAGAUGGCAAGCUUUACGGCUAUGUCUGCGAUGAGACUACCGGCGAACCGGUGGCGCCAUCUGACGGCGUAGUUUCGGUUGAUUUUUCCGGUAACGCCUGGUAUGAGGAGUCCUUCAAAUUUUAUGAUCAGACACUUCUCGAUGAGAUACGCGACGGUGAUCGAGAGGUUCGGGAGUUUUUUAAGCUACUGGCGCUCUGUCAUACGGUGAUGUGCGAUGAGAAAGACGGUAAACUUGAAUACCAGGCGCAGUCGCCCGACGAGGCGGCCCUCACAUCUGCCGCUCGAAACUUUGGUUUCGUAUUUCGGAGCCGAACGCCGACGAGUAUAACGAUCGAGGAAUUGGGCGCAACUGAAGUCUACGAACUUCUAGCUAUUCUCGACUUUAAUAACGUUCGCAAACGAAUGUCUGUGAUCAUUCGUAAAAACGGCAAAAUCAUGCUGUACUGCAAAGGCGCCGAUAGUGUGAUAUUCGAGCGAAUGGACGCCAGUUGUGCCCAAAUAAAGCUCAAUACUGUCGACCACUUGAAUCGGUUCGCCGGGGAAGGCCUACGGACCCUGUGUUUGGCGAAGAAAGAGCUCGACUCUCAUUACUACGACCAGUGGAAGGAAAGGCUCCACACGGCCUCCACUUCUAUGGUGGACAGGGAGGAGAAGGUGGACGCCGUGUACGAAGAGAUUGAACAAAACCUCGUACUUAUAGGCGCCACAGCUAUUGAGGACAAACUACAGGACGGUGUCCCGCAAUGUAUCGCUAAUCUAGCGGCCGCUGGCAUUAAGCUCUGGGUGUUAACCGGAGAUAAACAGGAAACGGCUAUUAAUAUCGGUUAUAGUUGUCAGUUGUUAACCGACGACAUGGUGGACACAUUUACGAUAGAGGGCUGGGAGUACGAGGAGGUGGAGCAUGAGUUACAGAGGUGUCGCGAGAGUAUGGCAAAUGUCAUGAGUCGCGCGUACGGCACCGCCUCCUCCGACAUAAAUGUCGUGUCAUUUCGCGACCAAACGUCGAGUCCCAACGCCCGUCCUGUCGACGCGACCGAAACCGAUCCGUUCGGGGGGUUUGCGCUCGUCAUCAACGGUCACAGUCUUGUUCACGCACUCAACCCACAGAUGGAACUCUUAUUCCUGGACGUGGCCUCCCUGUGCGACGCUGUCAUCUGUUGCCGGGUGACACCCCUCCAGAAAGCACUGGUCGUUGAUCUCGUUAAACGACAUAAGAAAGCGGUCACUUUAGCCAUAGGUGACGGCGCUAACGAUUGCAGUAUGAUUAAGGCCGCACAUAUCGGCGUCGGGAUCAGUGGACAGGAA